UUGCAUUAGGGUUUCUGGGUAAAGAAAUUUUCUGCGAUUCCUCUGAAACUUUUGAAAUACCUAAGUGGGGUUAGCGAUAAAGGGGGUUUAGGGCAUUGUGGGUUUUACACCCUUCUUGAUUCUGUAUAUUGGGUUAAUUUAUUGAUGAUUUUAAUUUUGAAAGCUAUUUGAGCAAAGAGGAUGAGGCCGAUAUUUGCUGGAAACUUGGAGUACGAUACUCGUCAAUCGGAGCUUGAAAGAUUGUUUUCAAAGUAUGGAAGGAUUGACCGCGUGGACAUGAAAUCUGGUUUUGCUUUUGUCUAUUAUGAGGAUGAGCGUGAUGCAGAAGAAGCAAUUCGUGCACUUGACAAUGUUCCAUUUGGUCAUGAAAAGCGGAGGCUAUCUGUGGAGUGGGCUAGGGGUGAACGAGGACGCCAUCGUGAUGGAUCAAAGGCAAACCAGAGGCCAACAAAAACCCUGUUUGUGAUUAACUUUGAUCCAAUCCGGACUAGAGUUCGGGAUAUAGAAAAACACUUUGAACCAUAUGGAAAUGUUCUUCACGUCCGGAUUCGCCGGAACUUUGCUUUUGUGCAGUUUGAAACGCAAGAAGAUGCCACUAAAGCAUUAGAGUGUACAAAUAUGAGUAAGAUCCUGGACAGAGUGGUGUCUGUGGAGUAUGCUUUGAGGGAUGAUGGUGAGAGGGGUGACAAUUAUGAUAGUCCCAGGAGAGGAGGUUAUGAUAGAUCACCCAGUCCAGUUUAUCACAGGCGACCAAGCCCCGACUAUGGUCGUCCACGCAGUCCUGUCUAUGAUAGGUAUAAUGGUGGACCUGACAGGCGGAGGAGUCCUGAUUAUGGCAGACACAGAAGUCCUGAUUAUGGCAGGCGCAGGAGUCCUGAUUAUGGCAGGCGCAGGAGUCCUGAUUAUGUGAAGCCAAGGAGUCCUGAUUAUGUGAAGCCGAGGAGUCCUGACUUUGGGAAGCCGAGGAGUCCUGACUUUGGGAAGCCGAGGAGUCCUGAUUUUGGGAAGCCAAGGAGUCCUGAAUAUGGUAGAUUUCGCAGCCGUUCUCCAGUGCGCAGGUCUAGAACGUAAGGAUGUCCGUUUUUAGAGUAAGAAGAAAGGCUACAAUGGCACUUUUACUUUCUAGUUGUUAGAAUAGCAAGUGGUACAUUAUGUAGUAAAAGGGUAUUUCUGAGUUUAAUGUGGUUUGCGUCUUUAUCUAGCAAUUAGUGCCAAUGGUUCCAUAGGGACCUACUACGAGACCUUGUUUAGUGUGGGAUUAUUAAUGCAUAUUUUUUCAAUGACAUCGUGCUUUGCUACA